CAAGCCUGAAAGCAAGAAGCAAUAGACAAUAACAAGAGAGAGUGAGAGAUCGAAAUGGACUCCUGGCUUCGACUUUUGCUUCUUGUAGCAUGCGUUUUUCCUCUUGUAGUUGAAUGCAGGGUUCGCCACUACAAGUUUAACGUGGUGAUGAAAAACUCCACCAAACUAUGCUCGACCAAGUCCAUUGUCACAGUUAAUGGGAGGUUCCCAGGACCCACUCUUUAUGCAAGGGAAGAUGAUACCGUGCUCGUCAAGGUCGUCAACCAUGUCAAAUAUAAUGUUUCUAUCCACUGGCAUGGUAUCCGACAACUGAGAACCGGCUGGGCUGAUGGACCAGCAUAUGUCACACAGUGUCCAAUUCAGCCUGGGCAAACCUACGUAUACAAUUUCACAAUUACAGGCCAACGGGGCACGCUUCUCUGGCAUGCACAUAUUCUCUGGCUAAGGUCCACUGUCCAUGGUGCCCUUGUUGUCUUGCCUAAGCGUGGUGUUCCAUAUCCCUUCCCACAGCCCCACGAGGAACAGGUUAUUGUACUUGCUGAGUGGUGGAAGUCAGAUACUGAAGCCGUUAUCAAUCAAGCUCUCAAAUCUGGAUUGGCACCUAAUGUUUCCGAUGCCCACACAAUUAACGGCCAGCCGGGGCCUGUAUCUAAUUGUUCUUCACUGGGGGGCUAUACAUUGCCUGUGGUAAACGGCAAAACCUACCUUCUUCGUUUGAUCAAUGCUGCACUCAAUGAAGAGCUUUUCUUCAAGAUAGCAGGGCACAAGCUUACCGUUGUGGAAGUUGAUGCCACCUACGUCAAACCAUUCAAAACUGACACUGUCGUAAUUGCCCCAGGACAAACCACUAAUGUCCUUGUUACUGCUGACCAAAAUUCUGGCAAGUACCUAGUUGCAGCCUCUCCUUUCAUGGACGCUCCAGUUGCGGUCGACAACGUCACUGCAACCGCCACAUUGCACUAUUCAGGCACGCUUUCUAGUACACGCACAACUGUCACCAAACCACCCCCCCAAAAUGCCACCGCAGUUGCUAACAACUUUACUGAUUCUCUUCGUAGCCUUAAUUCCAAAAGGUACCCAGCCAAAGUCCCACAAACAGUUGAUCAUAGCCUUUUCUUUACGGUAGGACUCGGAAUCAACCCUUGUCCUUCUUGCAAAGCUGCAAAUGGUAGCCGAGUGGUGGCUGCUAUCAAUAAUGUCACAUUUGUUAUGCCAACUACUGCAUUACUUCAAGCACAUUUUUUCAAUAUUAGUGGGGUAUUCACAACCGACUUUCCCGGUAACCCACCAAACACUUUUAACUACACUGGAACCGCACCAGCAAACUUGGCGACCACUAAUGGGACUAAAGUUUACAGGCUGGCUUAUAACUCUACAGUUCAACUUGUUUUGCAAGAUACAGGGAUCAUUGCCCCCGAGAACCAUCCAGUCCAUUUGCACGGAUUUAAUUUCUUCGCUGUCGGUAAGGGACUAGGGAACUACAAUCCAAAGACAGAUCAAAAGAAGUUUAAUCUUGUUGAUCCUGUUGAAAGGAACACAAUUGGAGUACCAUCAGGUGGAUGGGUUGCUAUAAGAUUCCGGGCAGAUAAUCCAGGAGUUUGGUUCAUGCACUGUCACUUGGAAGUGCAUACAACAUGGGGACUGAAGAUGGCGUUCUUGGUUGACAACGGCAAAGGCCCGAAUGAGUCACUUCUACCACCUCCAAGCGAUCUUCCAAAAUGCUAAGUCACUCAAACAAUUUAUACAUAAUUAUACGAAGUAGAGAAAUCUUCCAUCAAAACCGAGGUGCAGAGGCAGUGUGCACUUAUACAGAAGAGGAUGAGAAGAGAGAGCUAAUAACAAGACCGGAUACAAUAUUAUAUCUUGAGAAAAAAACAAAUUCUGCUCAAGCAUGUUUGAAUUAUAUUUGUACGAAAACUUUAUUAAAGGAAUCUUCAUGAAAUUUUUUACAACAUUUGGUAUAUGCUAUUCCGAGUGAAAUUAAUUGUAUCUUGUGAUUCUUAACAAUUGUAAAAAAAUAACUAGAAAUUAAAACACAAAAAUAAAUCAGUACACUGGGUUCUUCAAAUGGUUUA